UUAAAAAGCAAGUCGUGGUAUUUGGAUCACUGUCAGAUUUCAAGUUUAGUUGCCGGGGGCGGUGAUUUAGCAGAUCGCCAGCGGCAGCUAACCUGUCGAUCAAAGUAACUAGGCUGGGAACGCAUGCGUGCUCCGGAGUUCCCCGAGCAGGAGGCGAGUCCAGGAGCCCCACUUUUCUGCUUUUAGUUGACAAUGUCGACGAACCCGGCAUUUUUAAUGAGGCUGCUGGCUUCGUCCUUCGCAAUCGCCGAGAAGGCGCAGACUAUCAUCCACCGGGUGCUGUCCAGAGGGGAUCUGAACAUAGUGGAAAAGACUGGAGCCAAUGACUUACAAACGAAAGCUGACCUGCUGGUGCAACAAAGCAUCUGUUCAUCACUGGCACGUAAAUUUCCCAAACUAACUAUAAUUGGGGAGGAGGAUUUGCCUUCCCAAGAAAUUGAUGAAGAUUUAAUUGAAAGUGGUCAAUCUGAGAAAGUGUUGAAGUACUCCUGUCCAGCUCAGUUCAGUCAUCUCAAGGAAGAAGAUAUAGUGGUUUGGGUCGAUCCUCUUGAUGGUACAAAGGAAUUCACAGAAGGCUUCUUGGAUCAUGUGACUGUCCUGAUUGGAAUUGCUUGUGGAGGUAAAGCAAUAGCUGGCGUGAUAAAUCAGCCAUAUUACAACUAUCAGGCUGGAGGUAAUGCUGUGAUUGGUCGAACGAUUUGGGGUGUUUUGAACCUUGGAGUCUUUGGAAUUGAGAUGAAAGAAAUACCAGAAGGGAAACAUAUUAUUACUACCUCCCGUUCCCACAGCAACAAGCUAGUAAAUGACUGUAUUAGUGCAAUGAAUGUUGAUGAAGUAAUAAGAGUUGGAGGAGCAGGCAACAAGGUUUUGCAACUUAUAGAAGGAAAGGCUUCAGCUUACAUAUUUGCAAGUCCAGGUUGUAAGAAAUGGGACACUUGUGCCCCUGAGGCUAUCCUUCAUGCCGUUUCAGUUCUGGACAGCCUUGGUGAAUCUCACCAGGAUCUCCUCUUUCAUGUGUAUGAAUCAUCAUAACACUGAUCUUGCAUAAUUGACACAAGGAGUAAACUCUGCAGAUGCAACACUGCCAAGCCCUCCCCAAUACUCCUCUUCCUGGGUAUAUGAAUAUUUCUAACUCGCAGUUCAGCUCAAUGAUGUAAAUUAUUAUGUUAUUCUAUAAUCUUGUUCUGGACUUCUCUUUACUGAUGUAAUUCUCAGUCACACUAACACUUUGUAUUGUACAGUGGGUAAAUUUAGAAUGCAAUGAUGCACAGGGAUAUUCUUUAUUCUCCGUUCUUGGUUCUUCUCUUCCUGCUGAUUUAGUUAAAUUCAAUAAACAGAUAUCCAACCCUAUUGUCAAACACACAUUACGAAUUUGGUUUCAAUUUCGUAAGUUUUUUACUCUGAAAAACUUUGUUCUUGAUAGCCCUAUCUUACUUAACUUCUUUUUUUAAACCUUUGACAGAUCAAGCUUUUAGCAUGUGGAAAAGGAAAGGUAUAAUAUGUUUUCGUGAUCUUUUUUUUGAAGGUAGUUUGAUGUCUUUCGACCAACUUUCCAACAAAUUUAAGUUACCUAAAUCUAAUUUUUUUAGAUAUUUACAAAUCUGAAAUUUCUUACAUGAAGUUCUACCAUCCUUCCCCAAUUCAACUUUGAUAGAUUUUUCAGAUAUGAUUUUUACCUUGAAUCCUUGUCAAAAGGGAUUAGUGGCUCUUAUUUAUAAUAUGAUUAUGAAGAUACAACCAGAAAUAGCAGGUAGAAUUAAACAAGAAUGGGAAAAAGAACUUCAAUAUAUCAACAGAAAAAUGGGAAAAAAUUUUACAAACGGUUAAUUCUUCUUCUAUAUGUGCUAAACAUGCUUUAAUACAAUUUAAGGUUGUACAUAGAGCCCAUAUGUCUAAAGAUAAGCUUGCUCGAUUCUAUUCUCAUAUUAACCCUCAAUGUGACAGAUGUCAUUUAGAUGUGGCCUCAUUGACCCACAUGUUUUGGUCAUGUCCCACUUUACAUAACUAUUGGAAGGACAUAUUUGCUACCAUUUUCUCAAUUUGGAAUAUUGAUUUACAACCUCAUUU